AUGGUCCAUGUGAUGGGGGAUGCCGGCUGCUGGCUCCUGCUUGGGCUCUCCCUGCUCCCCAUCGCUGCCCUGGGCUCUCAGGCCGAUGGGAAGGUGAUCCACAUCAACAGGGUGCAGCACCAAGCCGUGCGAGUGGGGCUGGGGGAGCCUGUGGCCCUGCCCUGCCUCUUCUUACUCCACCCCUCCGCCUCGCUGGGGCCCAACGAGCCCCCAGACCCACCCCGCGUCAAAUGGAGCAAGGUGCGCUCGGCCAGCGGCCAGAGGGAGGACAUCCCCAUCCUGGUGGCCAAGGACAACGUCGUCAAGGUGGUGAAAGCCUACGAGGGCAGAGUGUCGCUGCCCGGCUACCCCCGGGACCGCUCCAAUGCCACCCUGCUGCUGCGCUCCGCCCGCGCCAGCGACGCGGGGCUGUACCGCUGCGAGGUGGUGGCCGGCAUCGAGGAUGAGCAGGACCUGCUGCCCCUCGACGUGACUGGCGUCGUCUUCCACUACCGGCCCGCGGGUGCCCGCUACGCACUGCCCUUCGCCGCUGCCCGCCGCGCCUGCCAGGACAACUCUGCCACCAUCGCCUCCCCCCAGCACCUCCAGGCUGCCUUUGAGGAUGGCUAUGACAACUGUGAUGCAGGCUGGCUGGCAGACCAGACUGUGAGGUAUCCUAUCACCCUGUCCCGGCCUGGCUGCUAUGGAGACCGCAACAGCCUGCCUGGCGUGCGCAGCUAUGGGCACAGGGAGCCCCAGGAGGAGUACGACGUCUACUGCUACGCCCGGGAGCUGCGAGGGACAGUGUUUUAUGCCACCGUGCCAGGGCGCUUCACCUGGCAGGGAGCCCGGAGGCACUGCCGGAGCCGGGGAGCUUCGCUAGCCACCACCGGGCAGCUCUACCUGGCCUGGCACGGUGGCCUGGACCAGUGUGACCCAGGCUGGCUGGCAGAUGGCAGCGUUCGCUACCCCAUCAGGACCCCCCGCAGGAAAUGCGGCGGCGAAGCCUCGGGGGUCAGGACCCUCUACCAGUUCCCCAACCGCACUGGGUUCCCCCCUGCCACCUCCAGAUUCGAUGCCUACUGCUAUAAAGCCGCGGGGCAGAGCAAGCAGGAGGAGCCUGUGCUGCCCAUGCCGGAUCCACUGGGCAGUGACAACGUCUUGGUGGAGCACGGAGAGGACCUGGGCACGUCGGGGGACACCCGGGACACCCCGCGUGACCGCUACGGCCUCUCGCCACAGCCGGAGCCCGCAGGGUUGGGCGGGGACGAGGACGAGCAGCUGCGGCUGGCCAGUGGCAGCCCUGCAGCACCGCUUGGUGACCUCCCCGGGGCUGCACCCUCAGCAGCAGCUCACGGUCUGGGGGUGGGCGAUGGCACCUCCCUGCCUCCCACCACCACCUCCUCACCUGCAUGGCCCCAAGAGGACGAAGUUCUCAACGUGGUGGACCAAGGACCGAUGAGCUCCUGGCAGGAUCCAUCCAGCACCAGCGCAGCACAGAUGGUAGAAGAAGAUCUUGACCUUGAGGAGCCUCCAGCUGACCUCCUGCCACAGUCCCAAAGCCCAGCUCAGGAGCACAUCACCAGCUCACCACCAGCACCCACGACAGCAGAGGCGCCCAGCACGACAGCAGAGGCGCCCAGCACGGCGGCUGCGAGCUCCCACCCCCCGCGGAGGAGCAGCUACCCCGGGCUCAACGGGCGCUACUUCCAGCUGCUGAGCCGGGACCCACCGGUGGCAGCCAGAGACCCCACGGUGACGGCCAGGGGAUCGGUGGGGACAGUCACUCAGGGUCCUGUUCUGGCCCUGGAGGUGAAGGAGUCUGCAGCCAACACAGUGGAGACUUGGAGCAUCCCCCGGGCCGGCACCAAGAGCCCGUGGCGGGAGGGCAUCUUCUUGCCCUCCAACACCGUGGAGGAGGGCGCCGAGCUGAUGGCACCGGCUGCCGCCCCGGUGUCCCCCUCUCUGCAGGCGCCUGCCUGGAGGGACUCACCGCGGUGGAGCCCCCGCAUAGCCCCCCGCAAUCCUGAGGGACCCGCGCGGACGUCCCCUUCGCUGCCCCCAUCCCUGUCUGCCCCCACGGCUCCCCACGGUGCCCCCAGCCACCGGGAUGUGACUGCAGUCGAGGCUCAGCCUCACAUCCCCAGCGCCCGUGGGGACUCCCCUCAGCCACCCGCGGAUGCCACCGAGGACUUCUCCGGGGACGCCCCCUCCCAGCAGGACAGCAGCUCCACCCCGCCACGGCCACCGCUGCCCCCACUGCCCCCGGCCCUGCUGGUGGCCGAGGGCCCUGAGAUGGCCUCGCAUCCCCGUGGUGACCAAGGUGACAGCAGCGGGACCCCGGGCUCGCUGGAGAGGCAGAGGAAAGCUCUGACCUUCUUCGACCCUGCCGGACCCUCUAUGGGGCACCCCUCUACCCCCAGCCCCACCGAGGUGGCUGCUCCCCAGCGCCAGGGAGGGCUGACCCCCGCAGCUCCCCACGGAGCAGCCAAGCUGCCAGCUGAGCCCAGCCAAGAGCAGGCAGCAGGGUCUGGGGAUGCUGGGAAUGGCCAAGCCAAGCCAAGUGGUGAAGCAGCUGUGUCCCCCCAGGCAUGGGAUGUCCCCUCACCUCCGCCUCCCCCCACGGCCAGCGAGGUCACCUCCCAGGCCAGCGCUGAGCAGCUGGCAGAGGUGGAGGUGAUGGAGCUGGCAGCUGAGGAAGGGUCCACAGGCUUUGCCCCGAUGGCCCCGCAGCCCACCAGCCGCUCAGUACCGGGGCUGGGGGGAGCAGAACAUCUCCUCCUACCCCCUCAAGUCCCUCACCAGCCUCUGGCCAGCCCUGCCCCUGGUGAGGAAGAUGCCUCUGGGGAGGCAAAGAGGGAAGAGUCCCCAGUGUCCCCCAGCUUGGCUACCCACAGCCCCUGGCCAUCACCCACCGCCCCCCACCCAUGGAUGUCAGAGUCCCCGAGCACAGGGCUGCUCUUCGAGCUCUCCACAGUGGCUGAGCUGGGGGGGCUGGGGGUGUCCCCACUGCUGGAUGCCGACAGCGGGAGCGGAGAGGAGCCAGGGAUGGAGGAGAGGGAGCCACUGGUCUGGGCGGGCACCAGCAACACCACCCAGCAUGCUCCAGCUGACCCCUGCCAGAACAACCCCUGCCUGCACGGUGGGACCUGCCGUGCCAACGGCACCGUCUGCGGCUGCGCCUGUGCCCCGGGGUUCACCGGGGAGAACUGCGAGAUCGACAUCGAUGACUGCCUGUCCAGCCCCUGCCAGAACGGUGCCACCUGCAUCGAUGAGGUCAACUCCUUCACCUGCCUCUGCCUGCCCAGCUACGGCGGCAGCCACUGCGAGAAAGACACGGAGGGCUGCGACCACAACUGGCACAAGUUCCAGGGCCACUGCUAUCGGUACUUCUCCCGGCGGCGCUCCUGGGAGGAGGCGGAGCGGGACUGCCGCCGCCGUGCCGGACACCUCACCAGCAUCCACUCGCAGGAGGAGCACAGCUUCAUCACCGGCUUCGGGCACGAGAACACCUGGAUAGGGCUCAACGACCGCAUCGUGGAGCAGGACUUCCAGUGGACCGACAACACCGGCUUGCAAUACGAGAACUGGAGGGAGAACCAACCUGACAACUUCUUUGCUGGCGGUGAGGACUGUGUGGUGCUGGUGUCCCACGAGAUCGGCAAGUGGAACGAUGUGCCCUGCAACUACAACCUGCCCUACAUCUGCAAGAAAGGCACAGUGCUUUGUGGGCCCCCACCCGAGGUGCCAAACGCCUUCACGGUGGGGAAGAAGAAGGAGAAGUACCCCAUCCACUCCAGCGUGCGCUACCAGUGCCAGGAGGGCUUCACCCAGCGCCACGUCCCCACCAUCAAGUGCCACAGCACUGGCAAGUGGGACCGACCCAAAAUCCUCUGCACAAAACCCAGGCGGUCGCACCGAGCGCGGCGGCACCACCACCACCGGCACAGCCACCCCCACCACCAGCACCACCACCACAAACCCCGCAAGGAGCGGCGAAAACACCGCAAGCGCCUCCGGCUGGACUGGAUGGAGGAGGGCCACUACUUCUAG